UUUUUUUUUUUUUUUAAUAAGGAACCGUUACUCUUCAACAUAUAACUGAAAUAGGGAAGCCCAAAUUCAGGAACUCCAGGUUCUCUCCCAUGUGGAGUUCUUCUCUCUCUGAACCCCUUUGGUAUCAACGCAGGUCCUAUGCAUGCAUUCAUAGAGCGAGAAAAAACGAAGAAGAGAACACAGUUGUGAAUUGAUGAGGGGGGAAAAAACGGUGAUAUGAAAUGGCAAACCCUAGAAGGAACUCCUACUCAAUCCUAGUCUCAAAUAACCAGAACCCAGAUUCCAUAACCAACAACAACAACCCAUUUCAGAUCCAACCCCAAUCCCUGUUCCAAACAACAACAACAACCGUAUCUUCUUCACUGAAGCUGUUCUUGAAUAAACCCCAUGCCUUCCCUUUCCUCCUCUUCUUCUUCCUCCUCCUCACUUGGGUCUCUCUCAGGCUCCAGCACUCUGCUCACUUCUCUUCCCCUCCCCAGUUUCUGACUACUCAUCAAUGGAGCGGAGAACGUGAUGGUGGUGGUGAUAGUGAGGCCAAGGUUAACCUCGUUCGGUUUGCCGCUGGUUAUCCUUCCCCUGUCGCGAAAGACGGCCGUGGAUGGUCGGUUGACCCCAUCGCCCUCGCCCUCCGCUCCAGCAUUUCAGGAGGAGCAGUGAAUUGUGCUUCGGUUCACCUUGGUGAGAUCCGCCCUGGUGGUGUGAGGGGAAACCACAGACACUAUACCUGUAAUGAAACAUUUUUAAUCUGGGGGGCUAAAACCUUAUUCAGGCUGGAGAACAAAGCUGUCGAUAGAGGUUAUGCUGAGGUAACUAUUGGUGCUGACGAGGUUGCUGUGGCAGCCAGCCCCCAUGGAACGGCACAUGCUUUAGUUAAUGUGGAUACUGCACGGAGUACAUUCUUCAUGGGGUGCCAAGACAGUAUAAUUGAUUACAGUAACUCUACUUCUGAUUUCAAUGUCUGGAAAGAUCUGUAACUGUAAGUGUUGUCUUUAUGCCAUUUGUGCAUGUUGCUGUCUUGCGUGCGUUAGCAAAUUGUCAUUGUUAUGUCUGUCCCGCAUGAAUUUCAAACUACACAGUAGUGUUGUACACAUGCUAUAUCAGUGAGAUUGAUCAAAUAUUCAUGUAAAUAUGACAAUGUUGCUGUUC